AUGAACAGUGAAAAAAUACUGAUUACUAACUGCAAUAUAUUAGAUGCAGUGGGUGACAAAUUAAUGGAAAUAUUAAAAAAUUUGGAAGAUAUUUUGUUUCAUUUAGAACCAUUAAGUAAUUAUGAUGAAAAAAAUGAUUCCAUAUUUACCAAUUUAAAUGAUAAAGAAAAUAAUAUAAUUAUUUUAUCAAAUAUAAUAUAUGAUAAUAUGAACAAAGUUAAGAUUACUUUACACGAUUUUAUUAAAAACAUACCCCCGUCUUACACAUAUUACACCUCCUUCUAUUAUAACGAUUUUAUUAUAUUAAAAGAAAUAAUAAGAAAACAACAAAAAAGGGAACAUGAAGAUGUUAAUAAAAUGGAAAAUAAUAAUGAGAGUGAAAAUGAAAAGACAGAACUCGAUAAAAAAGAAAUAACAGAUAUGACCUCUUUACAAAUAAGGGAUGAAGAAAAUAGAGGUAAUUUAAAUUACGUGCAAGUAAAAAAUAUAUAUAAUAAUUCUUCAACAACUGAUAACAAGAUGCUGGACAGGAAUAUUAAUUCAUCUGAACAGAAUAGUUCCGUAAAAACAAAUGAUUUUUUUUAUUUUUCCUUCUUAAUCGAUUUAGAGUAUUCCAAUUUAAUAUAUAUGAAAAAAUGUGAAGAGGAAAUUGAUAAAUAUUUAAUUAAUACUAACUAG